GAUAUAAGGGUCAGGAAGCGGUGCGAUCCGGGCACUCGAGGGCGUGCCGGGCCGGCGGAUGUGGCGCCGCUUCCUCGGGCGGCGCCGCUGACUGGACCGGCCAUCCGGGGUUGCUGACAGUCCGCCUCCGGCGUCAUAUCCUGCCCGUGAGACGCGCUCAGGCUUGACGGCGUGACACGGCGUGAGGGGGUCUGCCCGGUGACCUGUGUGACGCGGACGUGAGCCGCGUGCCUGCGUGACGGCCGGUAUGUGGAGUUUCCCGAAGCCGGGCUACUCGCGCUGCGAGAUGGACGAGCUGCGCCACCGGCUGCACCACUCGGCUAUGCUGUACAGCCACGACGUGGACACGCUGCGCCGGUCCGGGUGGGCGAGGCUGCCAGACGCGGUCGCUUCCGGGGCAUUUCCCGGCGCCAAGCCCGGUGACCACAGGGCUGCUGCGAUGGGUCAGCAGGAGGCGAGGACCGAGUGCCUGCGGCUGGCCGGCCAGACGUCUGGCCAGAUCCAGCUGUGGCAGUUCCUGCUGGAGCUGCUCGGCGACCCGGCGCAGCAUGCCAGCUGUAUCGUCUGGGAGGGCCGCGACGGCGAGUUCAAGCUUACCAACCCGGACGAGGUGGCGCGCAAGUGGGGCGAGCGCAAGAGCAAGCCCAACAUGAACUACGACAAACUCAGCCGAGCGCUCAGGUAUUACUACGAUAAGAAUAUGAUGACCAAAGUGCACGGAAAGCGGUACGCUUACAAGUUUGACUUCGUGGCGCUGUACCAGGCCAUUCAGAGCCAGAGCAGCAGCGAGAGCAGCACGUACAAGUACCCCGGCGAGCUGACGUUCCUGUCGCCGCAGGUGACGCCGCUCAUGUCGAGCUCGGCCACACUCGGCUCGACAUCGGCCUACUGCGCCCAGGCGCCGGCCCCCGGUGGUCCCCUGUACGCGCCGCUCUCCCCCCGGCCCCCAUACACGUGAGCGGCGGCCGGCCACCGGCGCCCGCCUGUGCACCGCCCGUUCGCCCCGGUCUCCCGACGGUGGGGCCUCGCCGCUCCCGCUCCGGCCUCCCAACGGUGGGGCCUCGCCGCUCCCGCUCCGGCCUCCCGACAGUGGGGCGCCGCCGCUCUUGCUCCAGCCUCCCGACAGUGGGGCGCAGCCGCUCUCGCUCCAGCCUCCCGACAGUGGGCGCAGCCGCUCCCGCUCCAGCCCCCCGACAGUGGGGCGCCGCCGCUCCGGGUCCCCUCCAAGCGCUGCCGCGAAUCCAGAGGAUGUUCCGGGGGACGAGGACAGCGCGUGCGACGGUCCAGGCUGGUUGCGCGUCGGAGCUGUCUGGAGGGCGAGCGUUGCCUAGCUCAGGGCUCUCGGGGCGAAUGCUGCGGGCGGAGGCGGACGCGACUGGUAGGAGGCAGGAGGAUAACUGUGAUGACUGAGGUGCUCUGCAUGUAAGAGUGAGUGAUUUAUAGGUACCGGUGGCUGGCGUCAAGUGUGAAAAUGGCGAAGGAAUGUAUUUAUUGCGUUUGAGAUAACUGUGUUGACUGGUACUGUGUUUCGAUGCCUCCAUCUGCUAAUCGAUUUCGUUGGGAGUCUCAAGCGCUGACCACCGCUCGACGCGAUUCACCAUUUCUUUAUAUAAGAGCGUUUGGAAUAUUGUUAUUUUUGCCCCUGUGGUUUGGGAUGAGUACAACGUGGGACGGCGCAGUAUUUCGUAAUCAUUUUGCCUACAUUGGAUUUUAGUACCACUACCACUGUGCACUUUUUUAAAAGGAUACUCAUUUUCGUGCUGUGCUUUAUUUGCAGCAAUGGUACAACAAUAUUGGCCAAUUGUGCAACUAGCAGUGAAGUGAACGGCCAUUUUCACUCCAUGUUUUCCAAACUUUUUCACCCAGCCUGCAAAACCAUGCAGUGGUGGCCUGAUGAGUAAAUCGACUGGCUAAAGAACGCGCUGAAAUUGACGAUGUUCAGCAAUGUUUUGUAAAAAAAAUACGAAAAUUUAUAUUUUUACAUUGUUUUUAGUAGCCACAUGCGAUCCAACUACCACCUUGCCGCAGCAUGUUCACGUCAGCAAUUCUGGUACUAAACCCGUAUAAUAUAACAAAAGCAACAAUGCAAGAUACCUGUUGGACUACUCUACCCGACCAAUGCGUGUGUUGCAUCGCGCUCAUAGGAUGAAAUCAUGAUAAGUCAAACAGGAGUAGGCUCAUUAGGGGGAGUAUUAUCGUGCACAAAACAGGCACCGUCGGCCUCUUCAGCCCUUGUUCGGCACCGACUGAAGUUAUGAAUCAUGGCCAAAUGCGGUCACCCCCGGCGCCGCUCCGAUGAGGAACACUUACAGCUGUUAGCAAGAAUUUCCACUCAUGCCGUCUCAAGAAAUGCCACCGUGGCGUCAAGUUCUUGUACCAAGGCAUUACCACCCGUGCACAUGUCAGAUAUUAAAUGUUUUCCUCUGAAAUCAUGAAACUUCGGAAGCAUAAAGCGCGUUGCCAACGGCAAUCUCAUCAGCGUUCACCCCUAAUGCUGACAGCGAGCUGGAGCUUAUUGUGCGGCCUCCUGGUAUCGGGGGCCGAGGUAUGAUCUCCCGGGUGGCAGGCGUCCGCGGCUGGCUUCUGCGCCCGCUCCGACGUCUGGUGUGGCGCCUGCGGCGCCACACCAGACUCGUUUUGUGGCGCCGCAGGCGCCACCUAUCGCCUUAUAUGGCAGGCCCAUUCCGUCUUACUCAGCGCGGCUUCCGCGGAACUCGCGAUCACAUCCCUAGC